GCCGCUUCCACCCACAUGCUCGCAGGGGCUGUGGCUGGGGUGCUGGAGCACAGCCUUAUGUACCCGGUGGACUGUGUCAAGACAAGGAUGCAAAGCCUGCAACCAGAACCUGCUGCUCGUUACCGGAAUGUGCUGGAGGCUUUGUGGCGGAUUGUGCGAACUGAAGGGAUCUGGCGACCUAUGCGUGGAUUGAACAUCACAGCUACAGGGGCUGGUCCUGCCCAUGCCUUGUAUUUCGCCUGCUACGAAAAAUUGAAAAAGACACUUACCAACCUUAUCCAUGCUGGGGGCAAUAGUCACGUGGCCAACGGUGCAGCAGGCUGUGUGGCAACAUUGCUUCACGAUGCAGCCAUGAAUCCAGCAGAAGUGGUAAAACAAAGAAUGCAGAUGUACAAUUCUCCAUACCAGCGAGUAACAGACUGUGUGCGUGCUGUGUGGUGCAAUGAAGGGGCAGGAGCUUUCUACCGAAGCUAUACCACUCAGCUGACCAUGAACAUCCCCUUUCAGGCUAUCCAUUUCAUGGCAUAUGAAUCCUUACAGGAGCACCUCAACCCCCACAGACAGUACAACCCUAGUUCCCACAUGGUGGCAGGUGCCUGUGCAGGUGCCAUUGCUGCUGCUGCCACCACACCUUUGGACGUUUGCAAAACAUUGCUGAAUACACAGGAAGCCUUGGCACUGAAUACCAACAUCAGUGGGCACAUCACAGGUAUGGCUCACGCAUUCAGGACGGUGUACCGCGUGGGCGGGCUAACUGCCUAUUUCCGUGGGGUUCAGGCACGUGUCAUUUACCAGAUGCCCUCCACAGCUAUUGCAUGGUCUGUGUAUGAGUUCUUCAAAUACUUCUUAACAAAGCGAAGGGAGGAACGGUUGUCCGGGAAGUGAAGUGCGUUAUCGGAUUGGCUGGUGCCAAACUCGGAUGACAAGCAAGACUUUGGAAUACUGAUGCCGCCUCUUGCCUGCUGCUGCAUUUUGCACAGCCCGUUGUUCUCUCAAUGGAAAAUAUACAGCAAACAGCAACUUCACCUGCUUUUAGCUUAUCAUCUAACAAACAUGCCCCAGGUAUUGGGUACAAAUAAAGACCAGGGUGGAAAUACUGUAAGCGUAUUGGAAAUUGGGGUGAUAGCCUGCAUUCUCAGAAAUGAUUGCAGGUAGGAGUUAGUAGAGGCAGAAGAAGUGUUAGCUAAGCUGUUGUCUAUUAGCACUCACUCAGACCUCAUGCUCUUUGGGAAGGCUUUGAUUGUUGUGGCCCUUGGCACUUCCAAUAAAGUCUGCUUUAUUGUCCUAGGCCUUGUCUCUUUCUUACCAGAUGAUUCUGAGCAUUUCUUUAUGGAAGAGGGUGGGGAACGUGCAGCUUUCCUGAUGGUGUUAUAUUCCAAUGUUCAUUAGUCACAGCAAGCCUUUCCUUCUUAGAGAUAAGAUGAAUGCAUUGUAUUUGUAUGACAGGAAUUGUUUUAUCUUCUCAUCUGAAGAGGUGGAAGAAAAAUAGGAUUCACUUUCAUAAUGCUGGAUGUUGUAUGAUGUACAUUGAGAUCCAAUGUUCUCUGUUGGAUGCUACUCAUAAAGCAUUUGUGACUUUUCAACACCUAGCACAGUCUAUUCAGCACUAUUGCCAUUCCACUAUUGCCAUUCGAUAUGUAUGAGAAUAGUGAAAAGAGACACUGUCUGCUUUAAACUGUGGUAUCCUUCAACUGAC